CUUUAGCGUUCAGCGGUUAAAAAAGGGUGUCACAUAUUCGAUAUAUACACAACAAUGAUUUGAAAUGAUCUUGUUUCUGUUACAAUAAAUAAUAUAUCUGUGUCUAAAUGCAGAUCAAAUAUUUCUUUAUCUGUACCCUUUAUUAGAUCUAUAGUUUAGUGUCAUUCUUCUGCAAGGCUUUACAAAUCAGACGCCUUAAAAUGGCUAUGUUUACAGCUUCAGCGAGUAUAAAGAAAGCUGUUUCACUUAUCAAUGAGCUGGAUGUCACUAAGUUCCCAUUGUUGUUAUCAAGAAUUAUGCAAAAGCUACAUGUUAAGGAGGAGCGUACAUUCUCGGAAGAAGAAGAAGAGAAACUUCAAAAUGCAUUUGAGAUAUCACCCAGUGAUUUAGAAUUGAUUUUGCAAACAUUAGAGUUUAUUUUGCAACAGGCUGCUUAUCAUACUGCGAAACCAACCACUUUGGGUGAACAAUUAAAAGACUUACAAUUAGAUGAUGAUAAGGUCAGCAUAAUUGUUGAGGCUUGGACCACAGGAGCCAGAGAUUUAGUUCAGAAACUAAGAGACAGAACUGUACAUCCUCUUCAGCUUGAAGACAUUAACUGGAGAAUCAAUCUUCAAAUGGCUCAGACCACUCUGUCCAAGAUGAAACUACCUAAUGCAUUGUUUCAGUUGGGUAUCAGAAAUGACACAACUGGGCUGAAAGAAAAUAUUAGAGUAGAGUUUACUCACGAGGAGCUUUACGAGUUUUAUAAUCAGUUGGAGGUAAUUCAGAGCCAGUUGGACAGUCUGAGUUAAUUUCUCUUGAUUUGACCUCAAUGCUGAGCAGACAUUUUUCUUUCCAAUUAGCAAUGUUAUUAAAGAAGGAUUGACGUUUUUUUU